AUGACCAUAUCAAGCACCAAGACGUCCGCGUCGCGGUGCACCGAUCGAAAUUCGUGCGCGCGGCAAAAAGUGGAGCGCGAGCGGCGGCGGGUGCGAGCGGGACGGCGCGCCUCGCCGCCCGCGCCCACGGAGGCGGCCGGUGCGUUGAACUCGCCCGGCGCGGCGGAGCCGUCCGAACAGUCGCCGUCUCGCUCGCGCAGAAGCGGAACGCCGCGACGCGCCGAAAGCGAGCGGCUCAAAGAAGCGGGCUCGAGGCGGCCGCGCGCCCGCUUCGCCUGCCUCUUCGCGCCCACCGGCCCCGCCGGGACCCACCUGGACCCACCUGGACCCAGCUUCGAAGCCCACGCGCCGCGCUCCAAGAUAGCUCAA